ACCGCCUGGCUGGCGCGCGCGCCUCGGGGUUCGGUCCCCAGCCGCGUUCUCGGUCGCUUCCCUCUUCCCUCGCGGACUCCCGGCCUCCGCACCGACGCGGCCCGGGCUGGAGCCGAGCCGGGGCCGAGCUGCAGGCCGAGCCGGAGCCGGAUUCUUACCCGCAGAGACGUGGAAACAUGGAGGCCUGAGCCGGCGUGCGCCACCUGAGGCUGCGGCGGCGACGGCGACUUCUCCUGACCCCUCUGCCACCCGCCCGUCAGUCCGUGGGUCCGUGGAGCUGGAGCGUAUCCCCCCGCCGGCUGAGACAGAUUCGGAAGACCCAGCUGUCCAUGUGCAUCAUCGGGGAAGCCUCUUGCUCUCAGAAUAAGCAGCCCAAUCCAGCUUCCAAAUUCUGACCAUGGCUUCAGUACCUUUGUGGAAUGAGGAGGGACAUGAGGAAGAAAGUUGUCUUGUGGAAAUGCAGGUUUAAGGACAAGUUAUCUGCUUAAGGUAGAAGAUGGGAUCAAAUAGCAGCAGAAUCGGCGAUCUUCCUAAAAAUGAAUACUUGAAAAAGUUAUCAGGCACGGAAUCUGUCUCUGAGAAUGACCCGUUCUGGAAUCAGCUUCUCUCGUUUUCUUUCCCUGCACCAACUAGCAGUACUGAGUUGAAACUCUUGGAGGAAGCAACCAUUUCAGUCUGCAGGUCAUUAGUUGAAAACAAUCCUCGAACAGGAAAUCUUGGUGCACUAAUUAAGGUCUUCCUUUCUAGAACCAAAGAACUAAAACUCUCAGCAGAAUGUCAGAACCACAUCUUCAUUUGGCAGACACACAAUGCUUUGUUUAUUAUUUGCUGUUUGCUGAAAGUGUUCAUCUGUCAGAUGUCAGAAGAGGAAUUACAACUUCAUUUUACUUAUGAAGAAAAAUCUCCUGGCAAUUACAGUUCUGACUCGGAAGAUCUUUUGGAAGAAUUACUGUGCUGUUUGAUGCAGUUAAUCACUGAUAUUCCACUCUUAGAUAUUACAUAUGAAAUAUCAGUAGAAGCUAUAUCAACAAUGGUUGUUUUCCUUUCCUGCCAGCUCUUCCACAAAGAAGUUUUGCGACAGAGCAUCAGCCACAAGUAUUUGAUGCGAGGUCCAUGUCUUCCAUACACCAGCAAACUUGUGAAGACCUUAUUAUAUAACUUUAUCAGACAAGAAAAGCCACCUCCUCCAGGAACCCAUGUUUUCCCUCAGCAGUCGGAUGGGGGAGGACUGCUUUAUGGACUUGCAUCAGGAGUAGCAACAGGACUCUGGACUGUCUUCACGCUAGGUGGUGUCGGCAGCAAAGCUACUGCCUCUCCAGAACUUUCUUCCCCACUGGCCAACCAGAGUCUCCUGCUUCUGCUGGUGUUGGCCAAUCUGACAGAUGCCUCAGAUGCGCCAAACCCCUACAGACAAGCCAUUAUGUCCUUCAAGAACACACAAGAUAGCAGUCCUUUCCCCUCAUCAAUUCCACAUGCCUUCCAGAUCAACUUUAAUAGUUUGUACACAGCUCUUUGUGAACAGCAGACAUCUGAUCAAGCAACUCUCCUCUUGUAUACCUUGCUUCAUCAAAAUAGUAAUAUUAGAACAUACAUGUUGGCUCGCACAGAUAUGGAAAAUCUUGUUUUACCUAUUCUUGAGAUUCUGUAUCAUGUUGAAGAAAGGAAUUCACACCAUGUGUAUAUGGCCCUUAUAAUAUUGUUGAUCCUUACAGAAGAUGAUGGCUUCAACAGAUCCAUUCAUGAAGUGAUACUAAAAAAUAUUACUUGGUAUUCAGAACGAGUUUUAACUGAAAUCUCUUUGGGGAGUCUCCUGAUCCUGGUGGUAAUAAGAACCAUUCAAUACAACAUGACUAGGACAAGAGACAAGUACCUUCACACGAAUUGUUUGGCAGCUUUAGCAAAUAUGUCAGCACAGUUUCGUUCACUCCAUCAGUAUGCUGCCCAGAGGAUCAUCAGUUAUACCUGCCGCCACUUGCGGAGAUAUGUUUAUGUGUUGGACAAACUGUAUUUCCCCCACUCUCACUGUUCUACGCUUCAGCAUUGCUUCUCGACCCUCAGUGACAAUGGAGAGGAACUCUUGUCUUUAACUUGCUCUCACAUUCUCAGAUCCUAUGCUUCCAGUUUAUUUUCUUUGCUGUCUAAAAAACACAACAAAGUUCUGGAACAAGCCACACAGUCCUUGAGAGGUUCGCCGAGUUCUAAUGAUGUUCCUCUACCAGAUUAUGCACAAGACCUAAAUGUCAUUGAAGAGGUGAUUCGAAUGAUGUUAGAGAUCAUCAACUCCUGCCUGACAAAUUCCCUUCACCACAACCCAAACUUGGUAUACGCCCUGCUUUACAAACGCGAUCUCUUCGAACAAUUUCGAACUCAUCCUUCAUUUCAGGAUAUAAUGCAAAAUAUUGAUCUGGUGAUCACCUUCUUUAGCUCAAGGUUGCUGCAAGCUGGAGCUGAGCUGUCAGUGGAACGGGUCCUGGAAAUCAUUAAGCAAGGCGUCAUUGCGCUGCCCAAAGACAGACUGAAGAAAUUUCCAGAAUUGAAAUUCAAAUAUGUGGAAGAGGAGCAGCCUGAGGAGUUUUUUAUCCCCUACGUCUGGUCUCUUGUCUACAACUCAGCAGUCGGCCUGUACUGGAACCCGCAGGACAUCCAGCUGUUCACCAUGGAUUCCGACUGAGAGCAGGAUGUGCUCCCACCCGGACCCCUCCAGCCAAGCAGCCCUUCAAGUUCUUUUAUUUCUGGGUAACAGAAGUAGACAGACAGAUUACUUGGUGUAUCUUCUGUUAAAGAGGAUUGCACAAGUGUGUUUUCCUCACACACUUUGAUUUGGAGAAUUGGUGCCAGUUGGCAAUAGAUCACUCAGCGUAGAUAGUAGUGCAAAAAGGGGAGGAAAUACACAACAAUAAUAAAUGUAAAAACCUGCUAUUCAA